AUGUCAUAUGAUUUCGGGUUAUUUCCGAACAUGGCGACCAAGGCUCAUCACCUGGUGGUCGCUCUUGCGUUUACUGUGCUCAGCGGGGUUUUAGGUUUUCCUCUAAACCAGGAGAAAAAGGACGGCGUUUCCUGCGGUUACCAGUCAUGCCAUGCAACAAAGCCCAACUUGCUGAAUGUCCACCUGGUUCCUCACACACACGACGAUGUGGGCUGGCUCAAGACUGUGGACCAGUACUUCUAUGGAGAUCGUAAUGACAUCCAGCAUGCGGGGGUUCAGUACAUCUUGGACUCCGUGGUGGACCAGUUGUUGAAGAAUCCAGACAGGAGAUUCAUCUACGUGGAGACGGCCUUCUUCUACCGCUGGUGGAAGCGGCAGAGCUCCAGCAUGCAGCAGACCGUCACACAGCUCGUUAAUGAAGGCCGUUUGGAGUUUGUGAAUGGCGGCUGGUGCAUGAGUGAUGAGGCCGCCACCCAUUACAGUGCCGUCAUUGACCAGAUGACCAUGGGCCUGAGGUUUCUAAAUGAGACUUUUGGUCUUUGUGGCCGCCCCCGUGUCGCCUGGCACAUCGACCCCUUUGGUCACGCCCGAGAACAUGCCUCCAUUUUUGCACAGAUGGGAUAUGAUGGCUUCUUCUUUGGUCGAUUGGACUACCAGGACAGGGCUCGCAGGAUGAUGGAGAAGGAGCAGGAGCUGCUGUGGAGGGCCUCUGACAGCCUCACGCCACCAAUGGCCGACCUGUUCACUGGAAUCCUUCCCAAUGGGUACAACCCUCCUGAGGGGUUUUGCUGGGACCAACUCUGUGACGACCCACCAAUCAGAGACGACCCAGACCUAGAAGAUUAUAACGUCGAUGAUGUGGUGCAGCGCUUCCUGCUCAUCGCUAACAGUCAGGCUAGGGUGUAUAAGACCAAUCACAUCAUUAUGACAAUGGGUUCAGACUUCCAGUACGAGAACGCCAACCUGUGGUAUAAGAAUCUGGACAAGCUGAUCCAUUACGUCAAUGCCAGGCAGGCAAAUGGAAGCAACGUCAAUGUGCUCUAUUCUACUCCGUCCUGUUACCUCCAAGAGCUGCACAGAGCAAACCUCACCUGGCCUAUGAAGACAGAUGAUUUCUUCCCAUAUGCAGAUGAUGCUCAUGAUUUCUGGACCGGCUACUUUACAAGUCGACCGGCUCUGAAACGCUACGAGAGGAUCAGCAACAGCAACCUGCAGACAUGUAACCAGCUGGAGGUGCUUGGUGGUCAGGCUUCCAGGAAGGGACCUUUUGGGGAGGGCGACAGCCAGACUUUGAGGAAAGCCAUGGCCGUGGCCCAGCAUCACGACGCGGUUUCAGGCACAGCAAAGCAACAUGUGACCAAUGAUUACGCCAGGAGGCUGGCCAACGGCUGGCAGCAUUGUCAGGUUUUGGUCAGUAACAGUCUGGCCUCUCUCAGUGGCUCCUCGGCUGAACGAGUGUACUGCGAUUACCUCAACAUCAGCGUGUGUUCUCUCACUGAGUCCAGCAAAAAGUUCACAGUCAGUGUGUACAACCCUCUUGCUCGGCCUGUUUCUUGGCCUGUCAGGCUGCCAGUCAACGGCACAGCAUACAACAUAACAGAUGCCAAAGGGAGAUCUGUGGACUGUAAGGUGGUCCCGGUGUCCAGUGCCACCCGUGGGGUGAGGAGGACUCGGGGCUUUGCCAUCAAUGAGUUGGUGUUCCAGGUUCAGGCUCCUCCACUGGGCUAUAGCACCUACUCUGUGUCCCUGCUAAAGAAUGGGCCCCCGCCGGCCUCCAGGCAACACGGUGCCCCCAUAGUCAUCCAGAACAAGUUCCUGCGGGCGACCUUUGACCCUGAUACUGGCCUCUUAAGCAGCCUCAGCAACCUCGAAACCAAACAGGCCAUCAAUCUCACACAGAACUUCUACUGGUACAAUGCCAGUAAUGGCCACAACUCUAAGAGCAACCAGCCCUCUGGAGCUUACAUCUUCAGACCCAACUCUUCCACGCCUUUCAUCAUCAGCAAAACCGCCAGAACGGAGAGCAUUCAGACCUCAGUGGUGCAGGAGGUGAGGCAGUGGUUCGCCCCCUGGGUGUCUCAGGUGGUUCGUCUGUAUGCUGACAGCAGAGCUCUGGAGCUGGAGUGGACCGUAGGACCUCUGCCAAUAGAUGACAGCCUGGGAAAGGAGGUGAUCACCCGUCUAGACACCAGCAUCAAAACCUCUGAAUUCUUUUACACCGACUCCAACGGCAGAGAAGUGCUGCAGAGGAAGAAAGACUUUCGUCCGACUUGGAACCUGAAGCAGUCAGAACCUAUUGCUGGAAACUACUACCCCAUCAACUCUCGUGCAUAUAUCAAGGAUGAUUUGGACCAACUGACGGUGGUGACAGAUCGCUCUCAAGGAGGAGGCAGCAUCCAGAAUGGCUCUCUGGAGAUCAUGCUUCACCGCCGGCUGCUGUACGAUGACGUCCGUGGUGUUGGUGAACCUCUCAACGAGUCCUCUUGCAUUUACCCAAACGGGCUGGUUGUCCGCGGUCGCCUUUUGCUCUCCCUGGACCGUCCGGCCACUGCUGCUGACACACACCGUCCCCUGGCCCAGGAGGUGGUCCUCCAGCCACUGCUGUCAUUUACUGAUGGCCAGCUGGACACCAACACUCGGCUGGAGUUCUCAGGGCUUCAGGCUGCGCUGCCCCCUGCUGUCCACCUCCUGACUCUCAGUCAGUGGGAUCAAGAGUUGGUGCUGCUCAGACUGGAGCAUCAGUUCCAGAGCUGGGAGAGCAAACUUAACUCACAACCUGUCACCGUAAACCUCCAGAAGCUGUUUUCCACUCUGGAUGUUCUGGGUGUGUCUGAGCUGAACCUGUCUGCCAAUCAGUGGAAGGACGAGAUGAGACGUUUUGAAUGGACCCCUCAGAAAGAAGAGAAACCGCUGCUGAAGACAUUUGAAAACCCAUCUGUAUGGGAGGUGACUUUGAGACCAAUGGAGAUCCGAACUUUCUUACUCCGGGUCAGCGUUAGAUAACCCCAACAUAAUCACAUCAAAUAUACAUAUUGAGAGGCAUUGGCCAAAGGCCAAAAGCUGCUCAUCCAUUUAACUGUUUUUAAGAAAUGGUUUAAUGAGAAAUGACAUUACGAACUGAAACAAAAUGAUGUCCUGAAUCUGGACUGUGAUGUCAACACAGCAAAACAGCUAAAUGCCACAAUGUACUCCCCAUGGUCAGAUUUCCAAUAUUUGUUCUUCUGCAAUCCAGACAGUACAAAGACUUUCUGGUCACAUGGGGGGAAAUUCUUGUCUGAACCUUUGCCUUCUUGGAUUUUUUUUUCACCCGGAAAUUUUGUGGACCAUGUGCGCAACCACUUUAUGGAAAUCAAAUGAGGCCUUUUAGUAUCCUGGAUUUGAAUUGUUCUUCUUUGAAAACUGGUGCCAAAUCCUGCUAGCUGAUUGAUCUGUGCAAUAAGUGUAAAUAAUUUUAAAUGGCUCUCUUUUAUAAAUCAAAUACCUGACAAUAAAGCCGAUUUUACUUCUUCAGUUUCAUGUAAUCAUUGUAGAUCCU